GGAGAUGGGAAAGAAGAAAAAUGAAACAACUUGACAUCCAGGGAUCAUGAAGUAACUCGAUCACUGACUGCUCACAUUCCAUUGUUAGGAAGGCUUCCACAGAGAUGCUUUUCGUCACUAAAUGCAGUGGGUGUACUGAGGCCGUUGGUCCAUCCCAGUUAAUCAUGCGGGUGCUGGGGACCGUAUACCACGUCGAGUGCUUCAGCUGCUGUGAGUGUGAGCGGCACCUACAACAGGGUGACGAGUUUGUGCUGAAGGAGGGACAGCUCCUGUGCCGCAGCGACUACGAGAAGGAGAGGGAGAUGUUGAGUGGGAUCAGCCCAGUCCCGACGGAGUCAGUGAAGAGUGAAGAAGCUGAACAACUCGGGCAGACCCAGGGCAAGGAAGGCUCCAAGGGUAAGGACCACAAGAGGUCUAAACGCCCACGGACAAUACUCACCACCCAGCAGAGACGAGCCUUCAAGGCCUCCUUUGAGGUAUCAUCUAAACCUUGCAGGAAG